ACGUAGCAGUGAAGAAUGAUUCGAUGAUUGAUGACACCUACAAGGAUUUAUGUCUCUGUAUCCAGACUCACCAGGAUAUCGCAAGGUUCAUCAAACAACUAGAAAGAGUGAUGAAUCCCAUCGCAAUGCUGCAGCUGGCCCUCGGAGUCUUCAACGGCUGCAUGCUCAUUUUCCCGGCAGCGUAUAACGCCGAGAGCGGGUCGCUGAUCAAGGUGUUGGUAACGGCACCAGCAGUCAGCAUGCAGCUGCUGGUCUACUGUCUCGGAGCUCACAGCGUCCGGGAACAGAGUGAGCUGGUUUCCGUGGCUGCAUACAGUUGUGGCUGGCCAGAUACCGACAUCAGAUUCCAGAGAGCAUUGCUGGUGGUCAUGGCGAGGGCACAGAGGCCUCUGAGUCUCACUGCUGGUGGGGUCUACCCCAUACAGAGGGCCACCUUCCUUUCGCUGCUGAACGCUGGCUACUCGUACUACGCUGUCCUUCAGAACUUCACUGGCCGCUGAAGGCGCGCCGGCCGACAUCUGCCAGCAUCGCACACACCCUGCUUGUUGAGAGGAGGGCAGUCACCAAUAACUGAGAACCUCCCUCCAUUCAUAAGCACCAACGCGCUUCUGACAACGCCAGUGGGUGAAGUUCGGGCAUGAGAAACAAAUGGGCACAACACGCUGCUUAUAAUUAGUCAACAGUAUGAACUGUCACUCAUCUACUAACUG